AUGGUAUUUCACACGGGGACAUCAAUUAACACGAAAACAAAUGGUAAACAUGCAAAGAAGAAGCCGGCUGUAUUGCGACAGAAGACACUCUCCUCGUACUUUUUUCAACCAAAGAAGGGUUCUGAAUUGGCAACGAAGAGGCAGGCCGCUGUUUCAGACGUCAAUGAAGUAAUGCAAGUGAUAGAUCUGGAGAAACCGGACAAGAAAGAAAAAGGUUGCGUGAGCAAAGCUGGCUCUCUUUUCGAUUCCCAAGGAUCGUUUGAUGAGUGCGACCCUGAUGAGGAGUUCAGCCUGCUGACGAAUGCACCUCAAAUUCAGAAUUUUAAAAGAGCUACAAUCACAAGAACCCCCAGUUUUCAAAAAAGCAAUAGCUCGAUACAUUUCGAUAAUUUUGACCUCUCAGAGUCCCCUAAAGAGUUCAGCAGUUUCCCAUCCACAACUAGGCAGCAAAUAGCCUUCGGAAAUAACCCGAAUUUAAGUUUCAAUGAGAGUGCCCGACCAGCUAAAAGAGCAACUUCACCAACUGCAUUUGCAGGCCUCCGGCUAACGGCCCCCAAAAGGAUCAAGCCGAUAUCACGGAAGUCAUCAAAUCUCUUGUCCAAGACAGAGUCAUUUAAACUGACUAAAGAACAAGAUAAUGUUAUUGAUAUGGUUGUAAAGAGAAAAUUUAGCAUAUUUUAUACUGGCUCUGCAGGCACAGGUAAAUCAGUAUUGCUUAAGUCUUUGAUCGAGCGGCUGAGAGGACUUUACGGUAGAGAUGCUGUUGCGAUUACAGCAUCUACUGGUCUAGCAGGCACGACGAUUGGCGGAAUAACUCUUCAUAAGUGGUCUGGGGUAGGACUCGGAUUGAAAACAGUAGAUCAGUUGGCGACAGCUAUUCAGAAACAGCAUCAGAUUAUGUCUGUUUGGAGGAACACCAAAGUUCUCAUUAUCGAUGAAAUAUCGAUGAUUGAUGGUGCUUUACUGGACAAAUUGGAAACUCUCGCAAGGAAAUUGCGCAAGAAUGAAAAACCAUUCGGUGGCAUUCAAUUGAUAUUAACAGGUGAUUUCUUCCAACUUCCCCCAGUGAAAAAAAGUGUUGAUCAUCAGCAUGAGCCCAGCAAGUUGCCCAUUUUUUGUUUUGAAAGUAAGAUGUGGCACAAAUGUAUUCAAAAAACGAUUUUAUUGACAAAAGUUUUCAGACAGCAGGACGAUGAACUGGUGAACAUGCUAAACUCAAUAAGAUUUGGUGAAGUCACACCAGAAUUGGUUCGAACAAUAAAAGGACUAUCAAGAGAUAUAGAGUACAAAGAUGGAAUCACACCUACAGAACUGUAUGCUACAAGAAGAGAAGUUGAAAUGUCAAAUGCAAGACAGUUGAAUUUUCUACCUGGAAAAUCGUAUCAAUUUGAGAGUGUAGACGCUGCUCCAAAACAUUACAUGUCUUUGUUGGAUUCUUCCGUAAUGGUCGAAAAGAUCCUGACACUUAAGAACGACGCACAAGUAAUGAUGCUCAAAAACAAGCCCGAAUCGGAACUAGUCAAUGGAUCUCUUGGUAGAGUUCUCUUUUUUAUUACAGAAAGAUUGGAGAGGCUAAUGAGAGAACACUAUGGCGGAAAAGUAGAUGAAGAUGUUGUCCUUGACAUGAGGAUUGUUAGCGAAGCAAUUGCAAAUCCGAUAGUUGCUGAUUCAUUAGAAUUGCAGCAGAAUCUUCUCUCAAGACCUUUGUCAAGACACGCAACCAUCAGGACUUUGUUAAAUCAUGCCGUUAAAUGUUCUCCAAAGACGCCAGUCUAUCCCUAUGUUAGAUGGGCACUGCCUGAUAGAUUUCAUCAUGAGCUGAUGUUACAGGAGAGGUUUCCAGUGGAUAUACCCGGUGACAAUGCUGGUGUUGAGAGAAAUCAACUCCCGCUAAUGUUAUGCUGGGCCUUGUCAAUACACAAGGCGCAAGGACAAACAAUACAAAGGCUAAAAGUUGAUCUAAGAAACAUUUUCGAAGCGGGCCAAGUAUACGUUGCUCUCUCAAGAGCGGUUUCUAGGGAUAAUUUACAAGUAUUAAACUUCAACCCUAAUAGAAUCAGAGCCAAUGAAAAGGUCAAACUUUUUUAUAAAAAGCUUGAAGUAUUGACACCAUGA